UGUUCUGUUGGAUUCUUCCACAGCAACACAUAAUAUAUCGUAUUUUCCAAUUCUCUCAUACUUUUGUGCUUAUAAAUCAAAUGAAUUGCCAAUCUUUAUUGCUUCGAUAUCUCACCAUCAAGUUCAUUUCUUUAUUGGAGAUUCGGAAGUAAUGGGGGAGAUUGAUACAAAAUCAAUUGAAUCAGUCCAAGCUGCCCUUUCUUUGUUUGGACAGAAAUCGCGUGAUCACAAGAAGAAAUAUAAAUCUACUUCCUGUAUCAAUGACAAGGAGAAAGAAGAAGAUAUAGGAAGUGUGUUGAAAUACUUGGCAAACCUCAAAAUUCAACUUGAGGCGAAGGAUUCUGCACACAAGCAAGCACUUCUUAAGCUAGACCAUCACGAAAACACAGUUGAUGAACUAUGCACUCUGCUAAUGAGCUCUGAACUCGAGAAGGAGAUUUACAUGAUUGAAUGUAGAGGGUUGAGGAUUCAUGUACAUGAGCUUGAGUCUAGAAUUCAGGAGAUGGAUGACCGCCUUCUGGAGUCUGUGAUGAUACGAGAACAGCUUUCACAUGCCACUAGUGAGUUGAAGGCCACUCAAGGAGAUCUAGUGGCAGCAAGAGAUGCUAAGCUUGAAGCCUUGACACAAGAAGAGGCGAUGGAAGAUUAUUUAAGCACCGAAAAGUUAAAGAAUGAAGAGAUAUUGUGGAAUGUGUCAAAGCUCAACGAGAUUAUUUUGGACUUGCAAAUGACUGCUGCUGAGGCAGAAGAAAACACUGCACGUUUGCGUGAGAGAGAGACUGAAUUGGAAUUAGAAGCAGCAAAUGCAAAGGAAGAAGUGGUUUCUAUGAGAAAUCAAUUGGAAUUGAUGCAAGAUUUGGAGAAUGAGCUAUUGGAGAAGUUCGCACUUAUUGAUUCAAUGAAAGCAGAACUCCAAGAAGUAAAUGAGCUUCGCGCUUCUCAUGAGAAAGUCACUUCAGGUGCUGCUACUGAGGUGAAAAAGUUAAAUGAAGCUCUUGAAUUGCAAGAGAGGAAGAAUUGGGACCAGUGUGGUUAUAUCAGUUUAUUGGAGUCAGAACUCAGGCAAUUAAAAGGGGAACUCAACAAAGCCAACGAAGAAGCUACUCGCGCCAAUGCAGAUUCCGGAACAAUGAGCCUUGAGCUGGAACAGAUUAAAAAGGAAAUGGUUGAGAUAAGAGAAAAGGAAACAGAAGCACAAGUUGAGAUAGCGUUCCUAAAAUCCGAGAUUCACAAAGGGAGGUCGAAAAUUGCAGCAGCAGAAAUUGCUGAUUCAGUAGCCAAGAGCGAGAAAUCAGCUUUGCAUCUUGCACUUCAGCAGCUGGCCUUAAAGGCUGAAGAGGCUAAAAAUGAAAACAGGAGAUUAAAAGAAGCCAGUAAGGCAUCUAAAGAAAGUCGAAAUGAAGAAUCAGAAGAGGGAAAAGAAGAGGCUAAGGCCUAUAUCACAAUACCAAAGGAGGAGUAUGUGCAAGUACAUGAAGAACCAAAUGAAAUUCAACUACUGAAGAAAGAACUGAAAACAGCAACGUUGAAAAUUAGCGAGUUGAGGACGAGAGCUGAGCAGGCGAUAAGCAGAGCUGAGGCAGCUGAAAAGCGUAAAGCUGCACUUGAAAAUCAGAUAAAGAGGUGGAAGGAACAUAAAGAGAGAAAAAAGGCUGCAUUGACUGCACUUAGAGAGGAGUCCAUUUCCAGAGAAAUUACUGAAUACGAGCCUGAUAAUUCUCCCAAAAUAAAACAACCUCUUCGUAAGGUUCUCAGGAUGGAGUUUUAGUUACACUAAAUCUAUUGCAAAACGUUUCCAUAGGAAUACGAAUGAGAUCCGCAAUGCCAUCAUUGUAUGGCCGAUAGUAGUACA